GUUUUCACUGACGCACAGUUUACAGCGUAAAGAACUGAGUUAGAAGAAGGAAAACGAGUAUUAUUGCGCGAAGAGUUUAACUUUAUCUGUUCAAGAUUCUAUUUAAGGUUAAAUCUACGAUGUGUCGUUUUUCAACAAGCUGAGUUUUACAUCUGAAUUGAACUUGUGUAAAAAUGGAGGCUCGCUUCGACAGAGAAGUGGCGUCUGUGGUGGAAGUCGCCAUCCGAGCCACCGUGUCUGUUUUCAGGGAGGUUCGGGCGAAAGAUGCGCCGAACUCGGACUGUGGCGAGGAGGAGGAGGAGGAGGAGGAGGUGAAGCUCGGACAGGUCCGGGAGAUAGAGAGGGGCCUGGUGGCUCAGAUCCGGACGGUGUUCGCGGAGCUCUGCGCGGAGCUGCGUGAGAAGAACGAGGCUCUGCGGGCCAAAGUGGAGCAGCUGGAGGACGUCCUGCGGAGGAAAGCCGAGCAGCUGGAGCAGGAGCUGGAGGCCAGAGUGGGGCAGCUGGGCCGGGACAUGGAGCAGCUGGAGAAGGAGCUGAAGACCUUCAAUGAGGGGGACAGGAAGAGCCUGGAAGAACCUGAAGACCUGCAGGAGGAGGAGGGAUCCACUACAGGUGGACAGGUCCUCUCCAUCUCCUCCGAUCAGAUUCACUGCAGGGAUGCCCCAAACUCGCCUUCGGCUGCGUCGGGAGGUGCAGAGGUCGUCCCCGGCUCCCCGACCUCCUUCGCGGCGGUCUCCGCAUCUCCGGUGGUGUUCAUCGGCACGAUCCCCUCCUCCACGGUGCUGGUGGUGGGCGCCAACGAGGUGGUCUCUCAGACCGCCGUGUCUUCGCUGAGCGUCUCCGAAGCGGAGGCGCUCGACCCGAAACCCCCGACGUCCCCCGAACCUGCAGCUCAGGACACACCCAGUCCAGACUCGGGCGGCGCUGGCGGUCCGGACGAUGCACAGGAAAAGCUGUUCCAGACGUUCCUGGAGGAGGGACUCUCUGAGAAAACGACGCACCAAAUCGAAGAAACCGAUCAAACUGAAGGAGUUUCUCUCGACGACGCCUCGGAGGAGAAUCAAACGAGUCCGGAUGACGUGCCGUCGAGAAGCCUCAGGAGGACCGAGUCGCAGAUGGGGAAGCGGUUCUUCUGCGAGCUCUGCGACACCGGCUUCCACUGGAAAGGCGAUCUGAAGAAACACAUGAAGGUCCACAAGAAGCCGUUUGCGUGUGAGCGGUGCAGCCGGAGCUUCCUGGAGAAGUCGUCCCUGGAAAGUCACCUCCUGAGUCACGAGUCCGAGAAAGCCCCGCUGCCUUUCCCCUGCCUUCAGUGCAAGAGGUCCUUCAAGAAGGAGCAGUCGCUUCAGAACCACCUCAAACGCCACCAGGGCUCCAAACCACCGAAGCCGUUCGCCUGUGAGCAGUGCGGGAAAACGUUCCGGGUCCGGCAGUCCCUGGAGAACCACCUCCUGCGCCACGAGAAGCGGAAGCAGCCGCUCAAGUGCCAGUUCUGCGACAAGACCUGCAAGACGGCGGUGCAGCUGCGGUGCCACAUGGCCGUGCACUCGGAGGAGAGGCCCUUCGCCUGCGCCACCUGCGGGAAGGAGUUCAAGAGCAAGGACACCCUGCGCUUCCACCAGAAGGUCCACACCGACGCCAGGAAGUACAAGUGCACCAUGUGCGAGGAGUCCUUCAAGUACGCCCACUCACUGACGGUGCACAAGAGGAAGCACACGGGGGACAGCCCCUUCGCCUGCGACGUGUGCAGCCGCUCCUACCGCACCGGCACCGCGCUGAAAAGACACAAAGUCAUCCACACGGGAGAGAAACCCUUCACCUGUCACAUCUGCGGCGCCAGGUUCAACCUCAACAACAACCUGAAGAGGCACCUGCGCAUUCACACGGGAGAGAAACCGUUCACCUGUCAGGACUGCAACCAGAGCUUCUCGGACAACAACAAGCUCAAGUCCCACAUGCUGAUCCACGGCGCCAGGAAGCCGUUCAUGUGCGACCUCUGCGGGAAGACCUUCCUCUUCAACUGCCGGCUGCAGAUCCACCAGCGCUACGUGCACGCCGACAAGUCCCAGGACCCCGACGCUCUGCUCCAGACCAGGCGGCAGAGCAAGUCGCUGGUGAAACCCUUCAGCUGCAAGGUCUGCCUGAAGGGUUUCAGCGCCGCCUGCUCCCUGAAGAUCCACGAGAAGGGCCACAGCGAGCACAAGGAGUUCCAGUGCGGCAUCUGCGGCAAGGCCUUCCACAACAAGUACUCCUUCAGCUACCACCAGCGCAGCCACUCGGGCGAGAAGCCCUUCGUCUGCGACGUGUGCGGGAAGCGCUUCUUCCACGCCGCCAGCCUGAAGCAGCACGAGCGCAUCCACACGGGCGAGAAGCCGUACAAGUGCGAGCAGUGCGGCAAGGCCUUCCGCACGGACGGGAACUUCUACCGGCACGUGCGCAUCCACACCGGGGAGAAGCCCUUCCAGUGCACGUUCUGCCAGAAGAAGUUCCACCAGUCCAACCAGCUCAAGUCCCACCUGCAGAUCCACACGGGCCAGAAGCUGUACUCGUGUCAGCAGUGUGGGCGGGGCUUCUCCGACUCAAGGCAGUACAAGAAGCACAGCUGCGACGCCUCCGUGGUGGGUUUGUUGGCACGAGAGGCGACCAGAACAAUCGGUGGCGUUUUCUCUCAGCUGAUCGCCGAGAACGCCGCUUUGAAGACCCGAGUGGGACGGCUGGAGAGCGAGCUGAAGACCGCCACAGAGAGUCUGCAGAGGUCAAACCUGUGGAGGGAAAACGUCCUGAGCGGCUGCCCCGUGCUGUUCCAGGACAGCGGGCUGGUCUUCACCCUGAAGCCGCUCGGAAAGCUAACCAUAAACUCCAACAGAGCCUCAGAGGGAGACCACCAGACCUCACCUGCUGCUGGCCAGGGACCAGACUCGGCUCAGGAUUUUGCCGUAACGAACGCCCCCGAGCUCCAAAACCCACCCGAAUCUGUGGUCAGAACCGCGGGGAAAGUGUUUGUUUGUGAGGUUUGUGAGAAGACUUUUACCCGUCAGUUUCACCUGAUGAAGCACAUGAACGUCCACAGAGACCGGAGGCCGUUCGCCUGCGACCAGUGCCCCCGAAGAUUCACCAACGCCCAAACCUUCGAGCUCCACCUGCUGCGACAUGAAGAAAAGAAACAGGCGGCGUUUCCCUGCCGGCUCUGCGAGAAGACUUUCAGAACCAAAGCGUGCCUGAAGACCCACCAGCUGGUGCACUCGGACACGAGGCCGUUUGGCUGCUCCGCCUGCGGGAAGGCCUUCAAAACCAAACACAACCUGCAGGCUCACCGGGCCGUGCACCUGGUGGAGAAACCGCACAAGUGCUCAGAGUGCGGGGAGAGCUUCAGGAACACCAUCAGCCUGCAGUGCCACCGGAGCGUCCACACCGGGGAGAACCCAUACCGAUGUCCUGUGUGUGGGAAAACCUUCACAGGGAGGAGGUCGCUGCGGACGCACCAGGCUGUCCACAGAGGGAAACUGUUUACCUGUGAGACCUGUGGAGCCGGCUUCACCCUCCGGCAGAACUUGAGGAGACACAUCCGCAUUCACACGGGAGAAAAACCGUUAGCCUGUAAGGUCUGCGGGAAGCGCUUCAUGCAGGACAACAAGCUGAAAGCUCACAUGCUUCUGCACGGAGCUACGAAGGCGUUCAUGUGUGACCUCUGUGGAAAGACUUUUCUGUACAACUGCCAGCUGCAGAAACACCAGAGAGUUGCUCAUGACGAGAAGAGGGGUUUCAGGAAGCGACCUCGAGAGCGAGCCGAUCGCAGAGUCAUCUACAGACGAGACAAAACGAUCGUUAACGUGACGCCGUUCAGCUGCGGCAGCUGCCACAAAAGCUUCGACUCAGCAGCAUCGCUGAAGAAACACGAGUUGAUCCACACAGGUGACAGGAAGCACACCUGCAGCCAGUGCGGCAGGUCCUUCUUCUACAAGGCCACCUACCAAUACCACCUCCGAAUUCAUUCGGGAGAACGGCCAUUCGCCUGUGACGUCUGUGGAGAGCGGUUCAUCAUUCGUCAGGCGCUCGUGUCUCACAGCCUGCAGCACUCUGGAGAGAAACCGCACAAGUGUGAGCAGUGCGGAAAGACCUUCAGGAUCUACACAAACUACCUACGACACCUGCGGAUCCACACGGGGGAGAAGCCGUACGAGUGCGAGGUCUGCGGCGUUCGCUUCCGGCAGCUCGGACACGUGAAGUUUCACAUGCAGGUGCACACGGGGGAGAGACCGCUCUCUUGCAGCAGCUGCGGACUCGGGUUCUCAGACUCCAGGCUGCUCAAGAAGCAUAAAUGCAACGAAGGUGGAGCUGGACACCGAACCGUCAGCAUGUCGGACCUGGAGGCGCAAGUUUGCGCCAUUUUGAACAUCAUGGUGACGGAAACUGUGUCUGAAAUGUCGAAAAUCAUCGGCGGUUCCGAGAAAACUGGAACCGAAGUGACUCUACCACCGUGUGGAACCGAAAACACACGAGAAUCCCCGAACGAGAAGCUGAUGCAGUUCAGCUCCUUCAUGAUGGUCUUGGCUCAGGAAGUGUUGGUGAAGAUCUGCCAGCUGUUCAGCGAGUGUUCAUCUGCGCCGCGGCUGGAAGGGGCAGCUGAGACGGAGGACCUGAAGGGGGUGGAGACAGAGCUGGUGCUGGGGGGCAGCGGAGGAGUCCAGGCGGAGGUGGAGGUUCUGACAGAUGAGACGAGCGUCAUGAUGGACAGAGAUGAAGCAGCUCAGAGUAACGAUUCUUCAGAGAGGAAGAGCUGCAGAGCUGUGGCUUCUGUUGAUCGUGGACUGAAGCGGUUUCCUGUAAUUCACCUGUGGAGAGGCAGAAUUUAUCAUGACAGCCCGCAGCUCGUUGUAAUAAAAGAAGAGGAUCUGGAGGUCAUCCAGGCCUCUUCUGGUCCUGAUCAGUUUCAGGAUGACUCCAACACUGGCAACGACGAUGAUGAUGUCCCAGACUACAAGGAGGAACCAGAAAGUCCAGCUGAGUGUGGCCCAUUUCUCACCACCAAAUCCACACUCCUCCCAAAGACCAGGCUGUGUGUCGUAGCAGAAACAGGAAGUCAAGUCCAGGAGGAGAAAACUCACCACGUCGUCCACAAGACCGAAGAAGAACAAACCUACGACUGCUCUCAGUGUGGAAAGAAUUUUUAUUACCAGCAGAGCCUCAAGAAUCACAUGUUGCUUCACACGGGAGAAAGGCCACACGUCUGUGACGUCUGUGGGAAAGGUUUCACUCAGAUGUCACUGAUGAGAACCCACCGGCAGCUCCACGACAACGUGCGUCCACAUGAGUGCGACCAGUGCGACAAAAGGUUUCAUCAACCGUACCGUCUGAAGAUGCAUCAGAGGAGCCACACCGGGGAGCGCGGCUUCGACUGCUCGCACUGCAACAAAAGCUUCACCUCGGCGUGUAACCUGCGGCGCCACCUGCUCAUACACACAGGGGAAAAACCCUACAAAUGCGAGACAUGUGGCAGAAGCUUCAACCAGAGGGACACUCUGAAGAGCCACCAGCGGACACACACCGGCGAGCGCCCCUACGUCUGCGAGGUCUGCGGCAAAUCCUUCAGGCAGAUAGGUGUCCUGAGGUCGCACCAAAGGAAGUGUCACUCGGAGCAGAACGUCCCCCAGCGGAGAGGCGACGGUGCGCGUCCCUUCACCUGCGAGAUCUGCGGCAAAUCCUUCACGAGUAAGGGAUCCAUGAGCCUGCACCAGAGGCUCUCUCACUCCAAGCGGGAGCUGCCCUGCGUCGUAUGCGGCGCCGUGAUGACGUCUGCCUCGUCUCUGCGCCAGCACCUCCAGACGCACGCACACACCUUUCCAUGCACGUGCGUGAGCUGCGGCCAAGAGCUCCUUUCCAUCACGGUGAUGCGCCAGCACCAGCAGCAGCACACCGUGGACAGACCAUACAGCUGCAGAACCUGCGGGAAGAGCUUCACUUCUCAAGGCUACCUGAAGAUCCACCAGAGGAUGCACAGCGGAGAGAAACCGUAUGCCUGCAAGAUCUGUGGUCGCAGGUUCUUGCAUCAGUGCAGCCUUAAAAAACAUGAGGUGGUCCAUUCCGGAGCCAAACCAUUCAAAUGCAGCAUCUGCGGGAAAUGUUUUAACCACCCUGGCAACAUGGCCAGACACCAGCGGAUCCACACGGGAGAGAAGCCGUACAGCUGCAACACCUGUGGCUUUAGCUUCAACCAACGCAGCAGCCUGAAGGCCCACCAACAGACCCACACCGGCAAAAAACCGCACACGUGCGACAAAUGUGGGAAGAGCUUCGCCUACCUGAGGAGCCUGAAGGAGCACAAGUGUGUCUAUGUUGACGUUGUUGAUUGAGUUUAAAUCUUUUCUCCAAACAGAGUCACUGAUUCGUCUUCAGCUCGUCUCGUGAGCCCUACAGGUGUAUUUUAACACUUGGACAGGAAGGAAAACAUUUAAAGCUACAGCCCCAAAUGUACAGGUCUGAAAUCCAUAGAUCAAUAAUAAUUAAUAAAAAAAUGAACAAAA